UUUACUUGGUUACGAUUGGUAGCAACGAAAAUGGCAGCGUACGGGACGAAGAAAAAGGAGUAAAACAAAGCUGUAAAUACAUUCCAAAAAACAAUUAUUUAUAUGAGGAAAGGUUGAAAAUGGAUGGAGAUAUAGCUGGUGUGAGGAUCAUACCUCCAGUUGUUGAAUUUUUGGAUGCAGAAGCAAACACCGUGCAUUGCCAGACUGUGACUGUUCAAAAUAUCAGCAAAUGCAGCAGACAGAUCAAGUUCCACGGACCCAGCACAAAUAAUUUCAAAUUGAUAGUGAGUAACCCUGGUAAACCGGUAGCACCAGGGUUAGAAGUCACAGCCUCGGUUGAAUACCGAUCAAAUGAAGUAGGAGAUUACCAAGAUAGGCUGAUUCUCUUGGUAGAUGAAGAUGUGAUUGAAGUCCCUCUGUCAGCAUAUGCACCCCAACCGGUGCUAGAACUUGAGAGCCCAGUUGACUUUGGCACUGUGGUUCGCAACAGCAAGGUAUUAAGCAAGGAGAUAUCUCUCUACAACCAUGGCUCUUUGUCUGGCAUGUUCAAGAUCAAAUACUCUGGCAGUGAACCGUUCACAAUAUUUCCAUUGCAAGGCAUCGUCAAACCCAAGUCUGUUCAGACAAUUAAGAUUGAAUUUGUUUCCAAGAAGAGUGGGAAAUUGAAUGAAGAAGCAGAUGUGACCCUCGAAGCUCAAGAUGCUACAACCCUCAAACUGAAAGCCAAUGUUGUGGAUAGAUGCCUUGAGCUGAUAGACCCCCGGUCUGGUGAUAACAUCCAAUGUGUGCCCUUUGGAUCCACUUACUAUGGCACGGAUAAGACGAGACUGGCCUAUCUCUACAACAAUGGUCCUGAUCCUAUCAACUUUGUGACAGUUCUGCAGGAAGAUGCUUUGGGUACUGAAGCUGGGACUGACCUCACCAAGACCACUGUGGCCACCCUGGCCACCAAAGGUUUGGACAAGGUCAAGGCCAAUACCUGCCCAGUCAGUACACUGGUCAAGACCCUACCCAACCAGGGGCAGCUAAGACCUUACGAGAAGUGCCCUCUCUACUUUCGCUUCAGCCCCCGAUAUGACUCGUCAAGCCAAGGUUGGAAGGGAACGUCUAGCCCACCACCAAGGCAGGACUUUGCCCUCUACAUGAACAUCACGGUCGUCGGAAGCAGUAGCGGCUUUGGUGAUGGCGAGAAGAGCGAUAACUGCAGAGAGAAUGAAGUAACCACAUUGGAAGUCGCCAUCACAGGCACAGCACUACCAGUCCUGCUUAGUCUGUCUCCUCAGACCCAUCUUGACUUUGGGGAAUGUUCCCAAGGAGAGCACAUUGAUACACUAUGCAGUCUGAGCAAUGAGUCUACCAUCCUACCGGUCUCGUUCGUCUUCCAGCCGGUGGCGCAGUUCUCUGUCGUUCCUUCCUUUGGCAAGCUCAAACCAGGAGAGGCGCAGGAUAUCAUCUUCUCAUUCAAACCAAACCAGUAUGGCUCCUUCAAAAAACAACAGAUGAUUGAUGUAUUGGGAUCACUGGCUGAUGAAAGCGAAGGUGAAAAUGGAUGGAUCCAACCCAGUAAUACCAUCCAGGCCUCCAUUCACAAUCUACAUGUAUCUCUCAAAGGAACGUGCAAUGCUGUAUUCAAGAAGAAAGAACCAAAAUUCAAUCCAGGAAUCACUCCACUUGUGGUAGGAGAAGUCGGUCAGUUCAUUGAUGUGAAAGUGAACGAGGCAGAGGCCUACGACCCAAGGGCGGCCAUGUUAGGAUCCACAAGAACUAAAGGUCUUCAUGCUACCAAGUCUGCUGGUCAUGUGAGAGACAGCGAGGCCCUCGUAGCCUAUCCCAACGACAGGGCCAGGAGUGUGCGGCCGAGUUACAGGAGGGAACAGUACAAGACCAUCUUUACUAAGACAGACAGACACACUUAUGUGGAUCCCGACUAUGCCUACGAUGAAGAGGAGCUAGCGGACGUCAUGGCUCACAAGAACAAGUACAAUGAUUACUUGAAAGAGAACAGAGAGAAGAGAGUCAACAAACUAAAAGCAAAAGAAUUCAAAGAACUGAACAACAAGACUGAGAUCGGUAUAAAGCCUGCUUCUGGUCUCCGCCCUCCUAAACUCAAUGCUGAUGAAGUCAAUGAGAAACCAAAACCUGCACCUUUUGAAGAGAAUGGACCUUAUGACAUGCUGAGCUCUAAGAAACUGAGUGAGAGAGAGACUACAUCUGUCAAACAACCUAGUACAGGUGGGCUCAAUGCUGUACCUAUGACAUCACAGGAGAAAUCUGACUGCAAGAAGAUCUUAUCUCCGCAACAACUAUACCAAGUAGUCAUUGGACCACCGACCAUUGAUUUCAAAGAAGUAUGCCUGAAAUCCACCAGUGUUAAACAGAUGAAUAUUGUCAAUAAUCUGGAUCAGUUUGUUCAUGUAGUUGUGGAGAUUGACUGUCGUGAGCUGAGACAGACUAGCCCUCUCUCUCAGGUGGUACCGCCAAACUGUAAGGCAGAACUUCCUCUCAUCUUUGAGUCAAACAACAAAGGAAAGUUUACAAGGAACGUGAAGUACACUAUCAAUGGCCACCAUCGCGAACAUGUGACUGUGUAUGCGGAUGUAGUACCUGUUGCGUUAGCUCUAUCCACGGACGUGCUGAAACUAACACCUACACCAGGAAUGCCAGCUGAAGCAGGUUUGCGAGAUGUAAUCCGUCUAGAGAACAAGAGGAAUUACCCUGCUGAGUUUACAUGGCAACCUAUCCUUGGGGAGAGAGGGACAGCAUUCUCUAUCAGACCAGCUACAGGUACCGUAGAAGCGUUCAAGGAUCUUGAAUGUGAGGUAGUCUUUCAUCCAUCCUACCAUGCCCCAGAAGAAGGGGUCUUUGCACUACAGGUUCACGGUGGAGAAACCAAGAAACUCAGCUGUCUAGCUGAUCUUGGAGUGACUCAAGUGAUGUUUAUGGAGAGGAGAGUAUUGUUCGGUCAAGUUCCCCUUCAUCUUACUACGACUAGGACAGCUGUACUACACAACAGCAGCAUCAACCAUGCAUACUUUCAGGUUGUAGACCCCAACCCGGUCCCAGGCCUGAACGUAUCCCCCAUCCAGGGCGUGGUACCUGUGGGUGGGACAACCGAGCUCAAGAUUCACCUCACGCCCAGCGCUGUGAUGAAGUUUGAUACCAGACUAGAGGUUGCUAUCAGGGGAUGGAAGACCAUCGACCUUAGGAUGGGUGGGACCGUCGAACCUCCUCUUGUUGAUAUUGACAUGCCAUCUUUCCAGCUUGGAGGAGUAUACUGUGGAUCUAGUUUGACUGUUCCCUUUAAGAUUGUGAAUCGAGUGAGAACCAGAGCCAAGGUAGUCUUUGACCUGUCUCGCUUCAGGGAUUUCUCGCUCAGAUUCGAUGCCGACGUCAUGGAAGAAUCUGAAGACACUAUGAACCCAGGUGUAUUCAAGGUCACCGUCGGCGGCGAACAGAAAAUCGACUGCGAGCUCCGGUUCAAACCCACCGAGGUGGCCUCCUAUGACUUUGUCAUGCCAGUCAGCAUCAACCAGACAGAGGCUCCGACCCCCGAUGGCACCCCCUUCCCACCCACCCCGGCCCCUUCCUCCAAGAGCAUCCAGCACAUCAUCGCACCACGUCCGGUGAUAGUGGCGGUGUCCACGCCCAAGAGAAGGAUCAUAGCCACAGCCCUGAGGCAGCCUCUGCAGGUGUCGACCACAGAGCUGUCCUUUACGCUACCUUCAGGUUACCUGGAAAUGGGUCUAUCAGGAACUGUCCAACAAGGCCAGUCCAUCAUGUUGGUCAACAACAGCGCUAAGAGACUCGAUUGGUCGCUUGACCUCAGGUCAUGCGGCAAGGCCAUGGAAGAGGGCAUCUUCCGCUUCGUCCGAUCCAAUGGAGUACCCUUCCUGACCUUUGAGAAAGGUCGUCAGGAGGUCAAGGAGGGUCUGGACCCCGGAGAGGUUUAUACCAUGGGGUGUAUGUUCUGCCCAGAGGAACCUGGUGAGUUCCAGGCCAAGAUCCCUAUCAUCUUGGAUGGAGCCACGGACAGACCUUACCAGUACAUCAAUCUACAUGGUAUUCUCAAAUCACCUCAGCUGACCUUUGACCCCUUGGCCAUCGUGCUGACCCCUGUACCACUCUCCACCAAGGUGUCUGCAGACUUUACCAUCAGGGCGGCUGGAUUUAGAAAAGAGACUGUCAUCGAUGUGGAACUGCCUGAGGUCGAAGUAGAUGACGGCAGCAAGGUCUCCGUCUUGAGCGUGACCUUCCCAGACGGUCAAACCAUUCAACCUUGUAGUGCUGAUGAAGGUCAUAAAGAACCCUAUGUCCUCAAGUGCAAGGUGACCUUCUGUUCACCCAAGCCAGUGUCCUUCACCAUGCCUAUCAAGUUUGUGGACUCUGUUGGUAGCAGAUUCUCCAUUCCUGUGACAGCCACGGCGGACAACUGCCUCCUGGUGGCCUACCCGUUCGUUGCCAAGCACCGGACAGACUUCCAGAUUGUCACCGAGCAGGGUCACAGUCUUCGGGCCCACAAGACCGCCUCCAGGGAUUCUCUCAAUCAAAUGGGUGAAGCCAUGAUCAUGCCUGUAGAGUCGCCCAGUAGACCGUCGACACACACCAGUACCAGUACGAGCUCAAGGUUUGGCGCCACCACGUCGACUUACGAAGAGACUGACAGCGUGACAGAGUCCACUUACCGCAGCACGCCUCGAGAUGGCGCCGUCAACAGGGUCAACUACAGUAGCUCGGCUCCAGUGUAUGACGACUCGCGUAUGGGCCUAGCCUCCCGCUCUCUUGGCUCUGCAGCGUUCCCCAACGAGGAUUCCGAGGAGGGUAUCUUCCAUUCGGAGGUUCUGAUGGCGGUACAGCGUUGGAUCACACUCCAUGGUUGGUCAGGGGGACCUUUCCCAGUGUCCAUGCCAGAAGGACUCAGAAGUGGUGUGUCCAAGGGGUCGGCAGCGGAAGCAGCCAGGGACAAGUCAAGCCAGAGCUCACCAGCCUCCAACAACCAGAAGAGAAGCUACACCAAGACCAUCUAUGACCUGAUGGCACAUCUGAGUGGACGGUUGGUUCCUGGUAUCCCUAUCAACCAGGCCUUACCAGCAGACCCUACGGAGAGGGUUCUUCAGCUUCACUGGCAGCAUUCUACCCUACUGACAUUCCUCAGGAGUCAAGGAGCCGGUGUGGCCGGGAUCAAACCAGAGUACCUGUUUGAGCCCCAGGAUUACCAACGAUGGAUGAAGCUUCAAGAACAGGUCAGGGAGAAGAAGAAAGCCAUGCAGGAAGGCAAAUCUACUGUAGCCAUCACCAUAGAAGAAGAGCCACUGGAUGAACCCCUCUUUGAGUCGGUCUCCAAGAGAGCUUGGACGGAUCUUCUCCUGCAGACUAUCAAGGUUUUGGUGCUGGCAAGGAUCACACCUCGUCAGUUCCGCACCCUUCCCUGCCCUGGUCACGUGAGCCUUCCUUCUAUCAACCACGAUCCCCUGUGUAGUAACAUUUACUCUGUAGGAGAGCGUAUCCUUCUCUCCUGGCUCAACCAUCAUUAUGAACAUCAGAGACAAAAGAUAUGGAACAACUGUGAUAAAGCUUUUCUGACGUUAUACAAUCCUCCUCCAGGUGGAGUGCCCCCGUCUCGCUGGGUAGUCAACUUUGAUUAUGAUCUCCUGGAUGGCCUAGUCUUAGCUGCAGUCCUUGCUGCGCAUGUUCCAUUCCUGAUUAAGACCCAUCUUCAAGGAAUGUACACCCAUCCUUCAACAGCAGAACAGUGUCUUCAUAAUGCUCUCAAGGUCGUCACUGCCUUCAGGUUCAUUGGUCUAGAUUAUGACAUUCAGGCCAUCGAUAUCACUGAUCCUAACCCAAUCUCACUGAUGCUUCUCUGCCAGCAUCUAUAUCAGAGAUUACCUCAAUACAUGCCCAAGACUGCUGUGGAAUUCACCACCUCUUUACAUUCAUCGGUUACAAGACAGGUACGACUGACGAAUCCCAGCAGCAAGCCUCUGACCUACCAUGCCAUGGUUGCUGGCCGUGAUGCCAGGGACUUCAACCUCCCCCGAGGUAGUCAGGUCCAGAUACAACCUAAAGGCAAGCAGGAUCUACCUGUGAUCUUCACCAGUCGAUUCCUGCGUCCUGCCGAAGCUGUCCUGGUCCUGGUUGGUAGGCGAGUCGGUGCUGCCUGUGGGACCACCCUAGUCUUCAAUCUCAGGACUACUAUUGAUAAUAUCACACCAACGGCCACCAUUAAGUGUGAGUCUCCGUGCUUUGAGCUACAGAAGGUCGAUGUUGCUAUAGUCAACCCUUUCAAUGAGGCAGGUGAGUUCCGCAUCGUCCUGGUGGAGGCCAAGACACCCUUCCCUGGCAGCGACUCCAAGCAGAAGGGCCUCUUGAAGAACUCCAAAGGCACCGUCAAGAAAGUCAGGUCCAAGACUGACCAUGGUCAGAAGAAGGAGAGGACACCGACACCACCCAAGGUUGAAGAGCAUAGCAUCGACCGGGAUAUGUUCGAACAGGACACCAGCGACACCCUUGGGUCCUUCUUCUGCCCUGACCAAACCAUCAAGCUCGACGGCAACGGACCCGGCAUCGUAACCGUUGACUUCUUACCAUUCUACACCGGGAAGCGUCAGUGCUCUGUGCUGUUCAUCAGUGAGUCCGUGGGAGAGUUCCUCUACUCGAUGGAGGCUACUGCUACAUUGCCUCUCCCCUCGCAUCUCCCCUUCGUGCCUACCAAACACAGUGUCAGGAUCAGUAGUGCCGCAGCAGCAGGAAGCGGCAGAGGUCUGUACGGAGGUGACGAUCGUAUCAUCUACUGGCGUUGCGAUAGUAACUCUAUCCUCAAUGAGGAACUCAUGGUGCCUAUCACCAACUCGGCCCGAGAGAGGGCGCUGGUCAUCGCAGCCCAGCAGCGCAUGACGGACACCGAGAUCCGCCGGCGUCAGAUGACUCACACAUUAGCCUGUGGCUCUGUCACCGCUGCCAUUGCAGCCUUGGGACUCUCUGAUGAUCAUGUGAUCAAUGCCAACCAAUCAACUGUCUCCUUCAAUACAAAGCAAGAGAAGAAAGAUGCUGAAGGCACUCGCUUUACCGUGGAAGUCAACUCCAAGUUCUUUGAAGUUCAACAUCAUUUCUUUGUGCCGUCCCCACUCUCAAAGAAACCCAAAUCAGCGGAGGAUAUUGUCAAGAAUGGUCACAGGGUUGAACGUUCACCUGCUGGACUUGUCGGUAAUUCAGGUGUGAUCAUAGAUGAUGGCGUUGUACCCCUACCAAUCCGGUUUGCACCCAAGGGUGCUGGUCAUUACCCCUGCCGUGUGGUACUAAGAUCCCCUAAUGAUAUCAGGGUAUACCAGAUAGAAUGUACCGUCAACCCUGAAGGGACUGUUGCUCAGAUCGAAUUUACUGCACCAGUUCAUCAGUCUGUGUCGCAAAACAUCCCAGUGGUAAAUCAAACGAGUGUCGACUGGCCUCUAAAGAUCAGUAUUGACGGUGUAGGGUUCCAUGGACCUCCGUUCCUACUGGCUAAAGCUAUGCAGAUCACCUACUAUCCACUCAUGUUUAGGCCGACAUUUGAGUCCUUCAUAACGGGUAAGAUGAUGAUGCUGAAUACUGAUGAUGGUACAGAACAUCACUUCAGUCUCCAAGGAGAAGGGCAAAAACCUCUAGCUCUGGAUCAUGUAGAGGUGGAAUGUGAAGCUAGACAAAAAAUAAAGCGUCUGAUCCGUGUCCCCAAUGUGACCGGGAGGAAGAUGAUGUAUCGUGUGGUGUCAGACCUUCCUAUCGUCACCGGUGCUCCAACCAUCGUUGUACUGCCGAGUAAGGAGGAGGAGUAUACCAUCACCGUAUCACCAUGGAAACGAGGCAAAUUUGAAGGCAUCCUCUCCUUUAUUGCUGGGAGCACUCAGAAUUUGAGGGAUGAACCUGAUGAUAGUGAUAUCAGCUCUGAUCAAGCCGAGCGUGACCUACGACCUUACAGCGGCAAAUCAUCUAUCAGCAGCAUAGCAUCAUCCUCACAGAAUACCGGGGGUAGCAAGAUACGGGAUGAGACGUCUGGUUACCGCGUCUGGUUCUCAUUGGCUGUCAAAGCCACACCCCCACCACCGGAGCGCAUCAUCGGAAUCACCUGCGCUGCUCAGUCCGCUUCACUGAUGGAGGUUGAGAUCUUCAACCCAACCAAGGAUGAACUUACCUUAGAUGUAUCCAUCGAGGGGGAGGGGCUUCGUGGUGACCCCACGGUGACCUUGAAGCCUGCUCAGAAGAAGUACUACCAGCUAGUCUUUGCUCCAGCAAUCAUCGGUCAAACAACCGGAAGCCUGAUCUUCCAGAACGCAACCAUCGGUGAAUUCUGGUACUCACUGAACCUGACAGCAGAGACUCCAGCACCCACUACCCUCCCACACAUGGAGUGUGAGCUUGGUAAAUGGAAUCGUCAGUUCAUCCCGUUGAGUAACCCGACCGAAGAGACCUUGGAGCUGACUCCUAGCUGCUCCAACCAGGAGAACUUCACCCUAGAGGUCGACCAGGAAAGAAAAAUUGUCUUGGCUCCUCACUCUACGGAAGAAGUCCCUCUUCAAUUCAUGCCUUCAGCCCUUGGUCAGUCUACGCACACUGCAAAGAUAACCUUCAAAUGUGAACAGCUUGGUGAUUGGGUGUUCAUAGCAUCUGGUACAGGUCUAACCCCGACACCCUUGGAUCCAGUCAGUGUGAGUGCUACAUUGGGAUCAAACACUUCUCUCAUCAUCCCGUUCAGGAAUCCCACUUCAGAAAAUAUCCUGGUUGAUAUUGUCCUUUCUGACAACACAGAACUUGCCGAGUCCGCUCAAGGCCGUCUUGACCGAAACCGAAUCAAGACCGAAUCGGCCUUCUGCCUGCUCCUGAAGCGAACUGCCAGUAUCCCUGUAGGACCGAAGGCCACUCUGGAUAUCCCCAUCACCUUUGCCCCUGAUCGUAUGAACCUCCAUGAAGCACUGUGUAUUGUUUCUAUCAAGAGAGAGAAUGGAGAGCACUGGGAUUACUUGCCCAUGAAGGACCCGGACCAUCCAUCAGCCAGGAGGGACCAUGACAGGCGUGAGAAGAGCGGCGGUCUUCGCGACAUCCGCUGGCUCUACCCCAUCAACGGGAUCCCAGAAUCCCAACCCAAGGUUGACCGUGGUGCAGUGAUCAGCUGCCAGGCUAGGAGUAGGAUAGAGGAGAGGUUGGAGGUCUCGCUGACCGGUGCCGUACCUAGCUCGGCCAGUAGCCAUCAGAUGGUCAAGACUAGAGCGGUCACUCCCAAGGAUCAGAAUCGGACGAUAGAGGAAGAUGGUGUGGUGGCUGGAGAAGGUAACACCCUAGCCAGUGAGUUCAAUUAUGAGCUUCUCUACCCCAACGACGAGGCCAAGGUACAGCUAGAGAACGCUGUCUCUCUUCAGCUCAUACGCAAACAGAGAGAGAAGCUUUCAGGCAACAUGACACUCAUAUUCAACGUCAUCUUUGCACCAUUCAAGAUCAUGAGACAUGAUGUUCAGUUGUGUAUCAAGGCAACCACUGGAGGAGUAUGGCGUUUCCCUCUUGGUUUCAUCUCCACUGAGCCAACCGUUGAUGAUCUCAUCACCAUAGAAUCAGUAGGACUCAACAAACAAGCCAUGGUUGGGUUUAGGCUUACCAGCCAAGCUAGGCAUCCUAUAGGCUUCCAGUCUUACUUUGUAGCUGAGAGUGAUGUUGAGUUCUCAGUGAGCCCCCAGACGGGGGAACUCAAACCUCUAGGUACACCAGGAACUCUUAUUACCGUAGGAUUCACACCCAAGCUCUAUGGAAAGACUUAUCAUGCCAAGCUCGUUGUACAGACUGCCGACAUGCAAUGGACGUACCAACUGAAGGGGGUUACACCGGAGUACACCCCGCCCACAGGACAGUCCCAGAAACCUAUCCAAGGACCCCACCCUAGUCCCAUCAGACGAAACAAACCCAAGAACUUCAUCCUUGACAACCUCAGCCUGACCACAACGGCAGUGUCUUCACCCAUCAAAGGAGCUCCGGUACUCAUGAAAACAACAAAUGGUAUUUAACUCUCAGAUGAACAUAGAUCCCAGAUAACCUUAGCCUGACUACAGGCAUCAAAGGAGCUCCAGUACGUACUCCUGAAAACAAAUAGUAUGUUGAAUGGA